AUGGCGAACAGAGGAUACGACGUCGUCGUGGACGUGGACACCGAAGGCGACCUCGGCCAUACUGACCUCCAAGACGACGACCUCGAAUUCCACUCAUCCAACUUCGACACCAAUUCGAGCCGCAAGAUCCAGCCCGACUCCUCGUCGACCGCGUUCCUCUCCAACAGCGCCACGAACCCGGCGACGCUGCCGAACGACCCCUCUGCAGUGCCGCCGAAACACAUGCUCUGGUCGCUGGGGUUCUACGCGCAGUUCUUCGAUGUGGAUACGUCGACGGUGCUACACCGAUGCCGCACGGCGAUCCUGCCCUUUCUGCCCAACACGCCGCCCUUCCUCGACACCAUGGACGGCAACCCGGACCUGUACGGGCCCUUCUGGAUUGCGACCACCGUGGUCGUGAUCUUGUUUCUCACCGGCACCAUCAGCCACAAGCUCGCGAGCGAGGGCAAGAAACAUUUCGAGUAUGACUUCAGACUGUUGAGCGGCGCUGCCGGCUUGAUUUAUGGCUACACCUUGUUCGUGCCGCUCGGGCUGUGGGCGGCGUUGCGGUGGUUUGGCGCACAAUCGCUGGAGCUGGUCGAGUGCUGGGCCCUCUACGGUUAUAGCAAUCUAUUCUGGAUCGCCGUCGCUCUGGUUUCCUGGUCGCCUCUGAGCGGUCUCAACUAUGCCCUGGUCGGCCUGGGAUACGCGGUCAGUGUGUUUUUUCUGGUCAAGAACCUGUACCCUGUCAUCACCGCCACCGAGAAGAAGGCCAGCCAGGUGCUCUUGCUUGCCGUGGUGCUGUUGCAGGCCGGCCUGGCCAUUGCGAUCAAGAUCUUGUUCUUCAGUCACGGCAGUCCGGCCAAGGACGACUAG